AUGAUCAAAACAAACAACCUCAAAGAACAGCUUGAAUGGCUAAAUCAAGCAAAUCCUAAUCUACCGUGUCCUCAGAUUAUUGCUGCAGCACUCAAAAAGUACCCAAAAGACAAAACUGGCAACGCAUCACAAUCAACGCGUCAGACAUCCAAUAGUCAUCAACAACGACUUAACUCGAAUAGUAAUCAGUUUGAUUCAUUGCGGGGAGACGUCUCCGUUAUUGGCGACUUUGUUGUCACUACUAUAUCACCCGAAAGCGACAAAGAAAAUGUCCCACCACCAGUACCGAGAAGCCAACACAACUCCUUUCAUGAUUCUUCAUUCAACUCAUCAUUCAACGCGUCUUCUACAUCAGUAAUACUGCAAUCACUUACGCAAAGCAGAGGAGGGGCAAGCAGAUCUAGAAAAACACAGUCGAAACUACCGUUGGUGUCAAAGUUUUUCAAGCCACUGAAUGACUCAUCUGUGCACACGACCCAAUAUACACAGACACACAAUAGAAGCCAAUCCAGCCCUGAUAAUGUAAUAGACUUGACGCUUGACAAUGACUCUCCAAGGAAACGACCGGCACAGGAUGAACUACCUGUGUCGAACAAAAGAGCAAAGCCUGAUAACAUCCAACUCUACCUUGAAUUGAUACAGUUACAAGAGUCCAAGAUCAAACUACUAGAGGAGAAAUUUUUAAUUAGUGAAUCCACAUCCAUCUCAUUGGAUCAGAAAAAAGAACACUAUGUGGAAUUUCAGGCGAAAACUGAAACGUUGGAUGAUUUGAUUGCAAACUUGAAAGACGUGGCUAAGGAGGUUGAAGCUGCACCACCAACAACUCAGAAUGAAGUCACUGAAGACAUAGAGGAUACCACUAGUGACGCACAUGUGUUUAGAGCACCUGCAAGACCAACAAGAAUUGCAGAGGCAAGAGAGAUUGUGUCAAAUAUCGAUGUUGUCAACGACAAUCUGAUUUUAGAUAUAGAGGAUGAUUUCGGUAACAAUACCAUGGAAGGAUUAAGAACACCAACACAGGAGCGGGAUGAGGUCGACGACUUGGGUAGCUUUAUAGAUGACGCUUCAAUACCGAACUCCCCUUCCGUUGAUGGGUUUUCAGAUGAUGGCUCCGACGCGGUGUUGAUUGAAAGUCAAGAGAUACAUAAUCUUAGGUUGUCGCCAGAUGUUGCAGAGAAAUAUGGAAUUAAUUACGAUGAUAGGCCUGUGUCUCCAAGUCCAAUAAAUGAGAACAAUGACGAUCUAGAGUGGCUGAAUGAGGACCCAGAUAAUGACCAUAUCGAGGAUAUUGAGUUUUCUACUCAACUCAACCAAGAACGUGAGAUUGACGUCAUUGAGCUCGAUUCAGAUUCAGAUGAUGAUAUCGAGUUGGCUGAAAAUACCGCUCUUAGUGAAAUGCCACUACCUGCGCGCAACAUGAUUGGCUCGUCAGAUUCAGCAGCGUCAAACAUAAAUGCGAUUUCCGCAUCCGUUGUUGCCAAUCAAAAUGGACCCCCAUUAAUAAAUAUGGAUAGUGAGGAUGACUUUAGCGAUGAAGAUGACGAAAUCAUGCAAAUCAUCAAUGCACCAAAACCAGCAUCGCGGAUAGUGCCAGAGGGUUCUGAAGACUUUAUUGAUGAAGUGUAUGACACACUCAAUAAAGUGUUUAAGCUACAAUCAUUUCGUCCGAAUCAGUUGGAAGCUGUUAUUGCAUCCCUUUUGAAUAAGGAUGUGUUUGUCUUGAUGCCUACUGGAGGGGGGAAGUCUCUUUGUUAUCAACUUCCGGCGUUAAUCAAAGGUGGCCAUAGUAAAGGCACGACGGUUGUUAUUUCCCCGUUGAUAUCACUUAUGCAAGAUCAAGUGCAACAUCUAAUUCACAAAAACAUCAAAGCCGGAAUGAUUAGCUCAAAGGCCAAUAGUGACGACAAUAAACAUACACUAAACCUUUUUCGUGAAGGUUUUCUCGAUAUUGUAUACUUGUCACCAGAAAAAGCCAACAAAUCAACAAUGAUUCAAAAAAUUAUCGGCAAGCUAUACGAUCGCAAUCAACUAGCACGUGUUGUAAUUGACGAAGCACAUUGUUUGAGUUCGUGGGGUCAUGAUUUUCGUCCAGAUUAUAAAGGCAUGGGCUUUUUUAAGGAAAGGUUUCCUGCAGUGCCAAUCAUGGCAUUGACGGCCACCGCUAAUGAAAAAGUGCGGAUGGAUAUUGUGCAUCACUUGAAAAUGAAUUCACCUGUGUAUCUUAAACAAAGUUUCAACAGAACCAAUUUGUAUUACGAAAUAAGAUGGAAGAGUGGCAACUACCUCGAAUCAAUGAAGGACUAUAUCUUAUCACGGUACAAGAACAAAUGUGGGAUCAUCUAUUGCCACUCUAAGCAGUCUUGUGAGCAGACCAGUGCCAAGUUGAAUCUGUUUGGAUUGAAAACUUCGUUCUACCACGCAGGAAUGACACCAGAGGACCGUUUCAAGAUCCAAACGAAUUGGCAAAAGAACAAGAUUCAGUUGAUUUGUGCAACUAUAGCAUUUGGUAUGGGUAUUGAUAAACCAGAUGUGAGGUUUGUUAUACACUUAUUUAUUCCUAGAAGUUUAGAGGGUUACUAUCAAGAGACAGGAAGAGCAGGACGUGAUGGCAAGCCAUCUGAAUGUAUCAUGUACUAUUGCUACAAAGAUGCAAGGUCAUUGCAAAAUAUGAUUCAUCGUGAUGCUGAUUUGACUGAAGAAGGUAAGGAGAACCAUUUGGCGAAAUUGAGACAAGUUGUCCAGUAUUGUGAAAACACCACUGAUUGCAGAAGGAAGCAAGUGUUGCACUACUUCAAUGAGACCUUCAACCCAAUCAAUUGCAAGAAACAGUGUGACAAUUGCAAAAACUACAACCAUGUAACUGUUGUUGAAAAGGAUUGUACACAAUAUGCUCAGGACAUUCUCAAACUCGUCAAAUCGAUUCAAAAUGAAAAGGUGACUGUUUUACACUGUCAGGAUGUAUUCAAAGGUCUCAAGUACAACAAAAUUACUAAAAUGGGUCACAACAAUAAUCCUUAUCACGCAAAAGGCAAAAACUUGGACAAAACUGAUGUUGAGAGAAUUUUCUUUUACUUGCUUAGUGAGGAGUGUCUUGUUGAAUACCAGGUGAUGAAAGGCGGCUUCGCUUCAAACUAUGUCAGGGUUGGGAGAAACGCAUCAAAGGUGUUGAAUGGAAACAAAACUAUUAAAAUUCAAUUUAGCUCUUAG